UCUCCCUCAUCACCAGCCUGACGCACAAGAAGAGCAGCAUAAGCAGCAGCAGCAGCAUCAGCAUCAUCUUCCAGGACGCUUUCUUUUCCCGGGAGUGUGUGAGUGCGCACGCGACUACCCCAGAGCAACAUGUUUCCUGGCUGGGGACGCGAAAGGCGCGCCGGCGGGGGCUCGACGGUGGUACCGCGGCAGCAUCGGACCAUGGCGGCGGCGGUAGCUGUGGUCGCGUCUGGACGGGUCAGGAAGGUGUGGGUCUCCUGUUGGAUUCUGCUGUCGGCGACGUGUUUCAGCGUCCGGGCUCAGGAAAAGUCCCAAAAUACUAAAGUCGACUCUGCUGUAGUGAGGCGCCGUCACCAUGUCAAGAAACGGCAAGCGCAAAGCAAACUGUAGAGCAACGACUUGAAACAGCCAGACUGAAACUGAGAGUCGAAAGAGUGAGACGGCAAAGCGAAGGAAGCCAUCCUGUCAGCCCGAGGAUGCCAUGACAAUUACAGUAGAUGACGUGCCACCUUAUUUCAAGAUGGAGCCUCCUCAGACCCAGGUUCAUCUAGAGGGCAACCGACUUGUCCUCACCUGCAUGGCUGAGGGUAGCUGGCCCCUAGAGUUCAAAUGGAUCUACAAUGGCACCGAGCUCACACGCUUCUCCUUGGAAUACAGGUACCUGAUCCCCUCACUGGACCGAUCCCAUGCUGGCCACUACCGUUGCAUUGUGAGAAACCGAGUUGGAGCCAUAAUGCAGUGCAGCACUGAAGUGAGGGUUGCCUACAUGAGCAACUUCGUGGAAAGCGAGAGGACUCAAACUGUGUCUCAAGGUGACGGUGCUCUCAUCCAUGCCCCACGCAUCCACAGCUUCCCCAAGCCUCAGAUCACAUGGUUCAGAGAUGGACGCAAGAUCCCUUCCAGCAGUCGCAUGGCCAUCACCCUGGACAACACCCUGGUCAUCCUGUCCACGGUGGCGCCCGACGCAGGACGCUACUACGCCCAGGCGGUCAAUGACAAGAACGGGGAGAACAAAACCAGUCAGCCCGUCACACUCAUUGUGGAGAAUGUGGGAGGACCUGCAGACCCCAUUGCCCCCGCCAUUAUCAUCCCCCCAAAGAACACAAGCGUGACCAUGGGGAGGAACGAGGCCAUCUUGGAGUGCAUCGCCAAUGCCAGGCCGCUCGUCAAGAUGAGCAUCACUUGGAGGAAAGAUGGCGCAGUUGUCAAUACCGGUAUCAGAGAUUUUGGCCGCAGAUUGGUCAUCAGUCAACCAGCGGUCAGCGACAGCGGCUACUAUCAGUGUGAGGCGUCGCUUCGCAGCAGCAGCGUGCCAUCGGUCACUGCCGGGGCGUUUCUACACGUGCUAGAAUAUCCUCUGUUUGUAAAAGAGCCACCAAGUCACAUCACAGCUGAGAUGGAGAAGGUGGUGGACAUCCCUUGUCAGGCUCGAGGCACACCUCAGCCAGACAUUGUGUGGUAUAAGGAUGCUGUGCCCAUCAGCCCAGUGAAGAUCCCCAGGUACAAGGUUUUGUUGGGGGGCAGCCUGCAGAUCAAUGGCCUUCUGCCUGAUGACACGGGAAUGUUCCAGUGCUUCGCCCGCAAUUUAGCCGGAGAGAUCCAGACCAACACCUACCUCGCUGUCACCAGCAUUGCUCCCAAUAUCACCGCCGGCCCCGCUGACAGCGCCGUGAUUGACAGCAUGUCAGUCAUCCUGCACUGCGAGACGUCUGGAGCCCCACGACCAGCCAUCACCUGGCAGAAAGGUGAGCGUGUCCUGGCAAGCGGCUCGGUUCAGUUGCCCAGGUUCACACUGCUGGAGUCGGGCAGCUUGCUCAUCAGCCCUUCACACCUCUCUGAUGCCGGCACCUACACCUGCAUGGCUAGCAACUCAAGAGGCAUUGACGAAGCAUCUGCAGACCUUGUGGUGUGGGCACGCACCCGCAUCACAAAGCCACCACAGGACCAGAGCGUCAUCAAGGGCACCAAGGCAGUAAUGACCUGCGGGGUGACCCACGACCCCAGCGUCACCGUCAGCUACGUGUGGGAAAAGAGUGGUGCCGUGAUUGACGUGAACACGUCGCCCCGCCUCCGGUUGGAUUCUGAGGGGACACUUCACAUCUCCCAGACGUGGUCCGGAGACAUUGGGACGUACACCUGCAGGGUAACCUCAGUGGGCGGCAACGACUCCCGCAGUGCCCACCUCAGAGUCAGGCAACUUCCUCACGCGCCCGAAAACCCAAUAGCAGUCCUGAGCACGACAGAGAAACGGGCCAUCAAUCUCACGUGGGCUCAGGCAUUUGACGGCAACAGCCCCCUCAUCCGCUACAUCCUGGAAGUGUCUGAGAACAACGCCCCAUGGACAGUCCUGCUGGCCAACAUUGAUCCAGAGUUCACCGGCGUCACCGUGGGCGGCCUCACUCCAGCCCGUUCCUAUCAGUUCCGCCUGUGCGCCGUCAACGACGUCGGCCGAGGCCAGUUCAGCAAAGAGACAGACCGACUAACACUCCCAGAGGAACCGCCCAGCGCCCCUCCUCAGACGGUCAUCGCCAGUGGCCGCACCAAUCAAUCCAUCAUGAUUCAGUGGCAGCCUCCCCCAGAGAGCCAUCAGAAUGGGCCCCUCCAGGGCUACAUCAUCAGGUACUGUCUGUCUGGGCUGCCAGUGGACUGCCAGAUAAAAAAUAUCACCAAUCCAGACCAGAGCAGCCUGCUUCUGGAGGACCUCAUCAUCUGGACCAACUAUGAGAUUGAGGUGGCAGCCUACAACGGGGCAGGAAGAGGCGUGUACAGCCACAAGGUGACAGAAUGGACGUUGCAAGGAGUGCCCACAGUGCCACCAGGAAAUGUGCAAGCUGAGGCUGUCAACUCCACUACUGUGCGUUUCACCUGGAGUGCCCCCAGCCCUCAGUUUAUCAACGGGAUCAAUCAGGGCUACAAGCUAUUGGCAUGGGAACCAAGUCGGGCCAGCGAGGUCACCAUGGUGACGGCACGUCCCAACUUCCAAGAUAGCGUCCACGUGGGCUACAUCUCAGGUCUGAAGAAGUUCGCAGAGUACUACACAUCGGUUUUGUGCUUUACAACGCCAGGAGAUGGCCCACGUAGUCCGCCUCAGCGGCUACGCACCCAUGAGGAUACCCCCGGUGCUGUGGGACACCUCAGCUUUACAGACAUCUUGGAUACCUCCCUAAAAGUCAGCUGGAAGGAGCCUCAAGAGAAAAACGGUCUUCUCACAGGCUAUCGCAUCUCCUGGGAGGAGUUCAACAGAACCAACACAAGGGUGACCCACUAUUUGCCCAACCCGACUCAAGAGUACAAGGUGACGGGGCUCACUGCACUAACCACAUACACCAUCCAGGUGGCCGCCAUGACCUCCAAAGGUCAAGGUCAGCUCUCAGCUUCCACAAUCUCCUCUGGUGUCCCGCCAGAGCUACCUGGCCCCCCGACCAAUUUAGCCAUCUCCAAUAUUGGUGCUCGCUCCGUCAACCUUCAAUUCAAGCCCGGUUAUGAUGGCAAGACAUCCAUUUCCCGCUGGCAGGUGGAAGCCCAGAUUGGUAUCAUUGGAGAGAAUGAAGAGUGGCUUAAGAUUCAUCAGCUGGCUAAUAAGCCUGAUGCCAGAUCCAUGGAGGUCUUGGACCUGAAUCCUUACACCUUCUACAGGUUCAGAAUGCGACAGGUGAACAUCGUGGGUAUCAGCCCCCCCAGUCAGCCUUCUAGAAAGAUCCAGACCCUGCAGGCCCCACCGGACGUCUCCCCCGCCAACGUCACCCUGCGCACGGCCAGUGAGACCAGCCUGUGGCUUCGAUGGGUGCCUCUUCCCGAGUGGGAGUACAAUGGAAAUCCAGAUCUCGUCGGCUACCGGGUCCAGUACUCCAAAGCCGGAUCUAAAGGAGGAGUUCUUUCCCAUGUUAUUAUGGACCGGCUGGAGAGAGAGUUCACCAUUGAAGACCUGGAGGAGUGGACAGAGUACGAGGUCCGAGUUCAGGCCAUCAAUGGAAUUGGAUCUGGACCCUGGAGCCAACCGGUCCAUGGAAGAACCAGGGAGUCCGUGCCAUCCAGCGGCCCUACCAAUGUGUCAGCCUUUGCCACUACCUCCAGCAGGAUCCUGGUACGUUGGGGUGAAGUCCCAGAGCCGGACCGCAACGGACUCAUCCUAGGAUACAAGGUUAUCUACAAAGAGAAGGACUCGGAAACAACCCCCAACUUCUGGACAGUGGAUGGCAACACGAGCCACAGUGUCCAACUGACAGGUUUGGGCAAGUAUGUACUCUAUGAGAUCCGUGUCCUGGCAUUCACCCGUAUUGGAGAUGGAAGGAGCAGCUCACCAUCCAUCCUGGAGAGGACGCUGGAUGAUGUUCCAGGUCCUCCAGUUGGCAUCCUGUUUCCUGAAGUCAGAACGACGUCAGUCAGGCUCAUCUGGCAACCUCCUUCCCAACCAAACGGCAUCAUCCUGGCCUAUCAGAUCACAUACAGGAGGAACUCUUCCAGCACUAGCGCUGCCACUGUCGAUGUUCUGAGCCCCAGUGCUCGACAGUACACGGCGACGGGCCUCAAGCCUGAAACGGUUUACAUUUUCCGCCUGACUGCACAAACACGUAAAGGCUGGGGGGAAGCCGCCGAGGCCUUGGUGGUCACGACAGAGAAGCGAGCACGACCCCAACCCACAAGCCGGCCCGUCGUGCCUCAAGAGGAAGUGCAGGCUCGCAGAGUGCUGUUGUCAUGGGAACCAGGCAGCGACGGCCUCUCCCCGGUCCGUUACUACACAGUGCAGUACAGAGAACUGCCAGACAGCAACUGGACAGUUCAUUCUGCGUCUGUCAGCCAUGAGAUUAACUCCUACUCAGUGGACAGGUUAAAGCCCUUCACCUCCUACCAGUUUCGCGUUAAGGCCACCAAUGAUAUCGGAGACAGCGAAUACAGUCAGGAGAGUGAGGCCAUCACUACACUACAGGAUGCCCCAGACAAAGCCCCCAUAAUUCUGUCUGUAACUCCUCACACCACCACGUCUGUGCUGGUCCGCUGGCAGUCUCCCUCUGAGGAUCACAUCAAUGGAGUCCUGCUGGGCUUCAGGGUCAGGUACAGAGAGUUGUACUAUGACCGACUACGUAGCUUCACAGUUCGUACUGCUAACAGUCCCUCCCCAAGCUGGGCUGAUCUCACUGCACCGUACAGCAUCAGGAACUUGAGCGAAUCCUCCCUCACCCAGUAUGAACUUGACAAUUUGAGUAAACACAAGCGCUAUGAGAUCCGACUCAGUGUGUACAACGCUGUGGGGGAGGGUCCAAGCAGCACGCCACAGGAGGUCUUUGUCGGUGAGGCAGUCCCGACUGCUCCACCCCAGAAUGUUGUGGUCCAAUCGUCCACUGCCACCCAGCUGGACGUCACAUGGGACCCCCCUCCUCUGGAUGCACAGAACGGAGACAUACAAGGUUACAAGAUCUAUUUCUGGGAGUUUCAGCUGCAAAACGAGACAGAGCGUCUGCGCACGUUGUUCCUGCCCGAGCUGGGGGUCAAGCUGAAAAACCUGACGGGCUACACCACCUACAUGAUCAGCGUGGCCGCCUUCAACGCGGCAGGGGACGGCCCGCGAUCCCUGCCCACCAGAGGGCGCACGCAGCAAGCAGCUCCCAGUUCCCCCAGCUUCAUCCACUUCAGUGAGCUGACCACCACCUCUGUCAAUGUGUCCUGGGGAGAGCCCAAGCAGGCAAAUGGCAUAGUUGAGGGCUACCGCUUGGUUUACGAGCCUUGCACACCAGUCGACGACUCCUCUCCUCGCACUCCAGGUGUCAGUAAGAUAGUGACAGUGGAUGUUAAAGGCAGUGCCCCUCUGUGGCUGAAGAUCAAGGACCUGUCUGACGGCGUCACCUACAACUUCCGCAUCCGAGCCAAAACGCUCACUUACGGGCCUGAGGUGGAGGCCAACAUCACCACGGGGCCAGGAGAAGGAUCCCCGGGCCCGCCUGGAGAGCCCUUUAUUUCUCGCUAUGGCACUGCACUCACACUGCACUGGACCAGCGGUGAUCAAGGCCGUGCACCCAUCACAAGAUACGUCAUUGAAGCCAGACCAUCCGAUGAGGGACUGUGGGACAUCUUCAUCAAAGACAUCCCCAAAGAAGUCACGUCCUAUACCCUCAACCUGGACAUGCUGCGAGAAGGCGUCACCUAUGAUUUUCGAGUCAUAGCGGUCAAUGACUACGGCUACGGCUCCCCCAGCCUCCCAUCACCUUCCAUAUCAGCCCAGAAAGUGUCGCCCUUCUACGAGGAAUGGUGGUUUCUGGUCGUGAUCGCGCUGGUGGGCCUCAUCUUCAUUCUGUUGCUGGUUUUUGUCCUCAUCAUACGAGGGCAGAGUAAAAAAUACACCAAGAAAACUGAUUCAGGCAACCCCUCCAACUGCACAGCGCUGCCGCUAACCCACGGUGAGAUGGUGCACCUGGACGAGGGCCGCUUCCCGUCGCUGGAGCUCAACAACAGACGCCUCUCCGUGAAAAAUUCCUUUUGCCGCAAGAAUGGCCUUUACACACGGUCACCACCAAGGCCCAGUCCUGGAAGUCUUCACUACUCCGAUGAGGAUGUGAGCACCAAGUAUAAUGACCUGAUUCCAGCAGAGAGCAGCAGCCUGACUGAGAAGCCCUCAGAGAUCUCAGACUCUCAGGGCAGCGACAGCGAGUACGAGAUGGAUCAGAGCCGCCAGAAGACGCACUCCUUUGUGAGCCACUACAUCAGUGACCCCACAUACUACAACUCAUGGCGGAGGCAGCAGAAGGGUGUGUCCCGGCCGCCGGCGUAUGGUUACUCCCAGCCUGAGCCCCUCGUGGAACAAGAGUCUCGACCACACCCGCCUCCCGUGCCCCCUCUGCCGCCCCUCGUCCCCCAGAGCGCUCCAUCCCCGCAGCCCCAGGUGCAGCCCCAGGGCCAAGGCACCCUCUUCAGGCCUAAAGGAAGCCGGACUCCCACCCCUUCCUUGCUGUCCUCUGAACCUCCCAUCCAGCACAGCACUCUCUACCGGCCCCCAAGCAGCCUGGGCUGUGCCAGCAACCCUCCGCCACCCACCGCGGGGUUCUCCUCUUUUGUUUGAUGCACGGCUCUAAGUUCAAAAUAAGAGCGUGAGAACAACUCUUUGAUUUUUUUUCAUUUUGUUCUUUUGAGAGCUCAAUAUUCAACAUCACAGGCAUCUUCUCUGCAAAGUGUGUGUGUGUGUGUGUGUGUGUGUGGUUAAUCAAUGUGAUGUUUAUUUAAUGACAAUCAUUUGGUGGAACAUGAUCAUCAAAAGGAGCUCAAAAGAAGAAAAUACUGUAUAAUUGUUUCAUAUGAGAGCUUUAUAAGGACUCCCACUUUAACUCCAUUCGAGCACUUGGACUGACGAGACUGGAAGCACGUUUGUAAAAAGUGGUGAGAAACAAGACUCUUACUUUGAAAAAGAGGCAGUGACAGUCACUGUGACCCCCUCUACUGCCUUCCUGCAUUGUGUUCACGAUAUGUACUCGUCUCAUAUUGUUUACCGGCUAUUUAUAUGAAUCCACUUCAAGCUGACUCGUCACAUUCAAGCAUUGUGGCAACUUUUGCUAGUUGCGGCGAACGUGUUGCGUUGUGUCGCUGCAGUAGAUAACUAUAGAAACUAUACGGCAACUUUAGUUGAGAUUGAAAAUGAAGUGUCUUUUUGCUGUUAUCUUCAUCACCACGGAUGCUUGCGCAAAGAGAAAAAGCACAAGUCACCUUUAGAUCGGAUGAUGUUGCGCACUCACUGCUGACAUGUUGAAGGACUUUGUGGGAAUUUCGUAGGAAAUAGUACAAAAUGUUGUGAGCAUUUGCCCCAAUGCCCUGUUUGCAUUUGCCAGGCACAAACUCCAUAAACGCAGCGGACAAGCAUUACCAGCAUGUACCUGUCAACAUUUGCAUUCGAAAAUAAGGAAUAAGCAAACGUUUUACUGGCGUGCUUUUAUUUUGAAGGCCUGACUUUAACCGGCUACAGGAUGUGUUACGCCUGUGUUGCCUGACUGUCGCCGAGUGGACCACAAGCUGUGCUGCUGCGGCGCAACUGGAGAGGAUUUUUUUCAUGAAAGUUAAAAUACCAGCACCAAACAAUAACAACACAGGAAACUGACAAAUUGCUAAUUUGAUUUUUUUUUCCAAAAAUGUAAGGUGGAACCUCUAAAGUAAAAAGCCCCUGAGUUCAUGCAAUUCUGAAUUCAACCAAAAAAUUGAGGAUAUCCAGAGAUGAAGUGAACAAAUUACGUGACGUGAACUUCUUUUUGUAAGAAAACUGAGAACGUUAAAAAAAAAUGAGGUCCAAGUUGAUUGAGUUCGUUUUUUGGUUUUGUUUUUACGUCUUAACAGUGGUUAACUUAUUUUUGCACUUGAAUGACCGAACUGACGGGCAUUUGACUACAUUUCCAUGACUGACUGCAUGGUUGAAUGUGUAUCUAAACGUUCCCAAUACUGCUUCCAUGCCAAUCUUGUACUGAGCAAUAUGCCGUGAGAGUCGAAAUAGGUGACAUCUUGUUCUUCUUGGCACUGCGGACUAGUUGAGAAUGAAUCAACAGCGCCUCUGCUGGUUGUAGCCAAGUAGUGCAGGCUAUUUUACAUGAUUAACCAACCAAGAAUCAGUUUCACCCAAAUGAUCAAUUAAUCCAAUACGAUGCCCAUCCGUAGUUGCAAAUGUUACAUAAAACAUUGCCUGUAGAGUUAAUAAUGGUUUCAUGAUGGUGAGAGAUGGAACUGAUUAGUUCUACUUCCAUUAGUUCAUAUCGGAACAUUUGUUUUGAAAUGCAAUGAAACUGGAGACUUUUUUUUUUAAUCUUAGAGGUUCCAUUGUAUUUAUUUAAAAAGGUUUUAAAUCUCAUAACUGCAUACCUUUUUGUACAAAAUCCUACUAAAUUCCAACACAAAUAAUAUGCAGCAUCUCUGGUAAAACACAGUCAAAGUGUACAGUGUAUGUUUUUUUAAUUCCACACCACAACAUGUUGCUUCUCUUUGCGGAAGGCUAAAAAAAAAAAGAGUAUAAUAAU